UCGAAUUAAUGAGUUACCAGUAUCUAAUUCGUGAACAAAGUUCGUGGCAAAAGCUUGCUAAUUUGUUAUCAGUAAUUUCAUCAACUAAACCAGAAGAGCGGAUAAACAGCACAAUCCAUAAUCAAAUCGAUGGAUUUAAUAAGCUCUAAUAAGGGCUCCGAGCUUUAACUUGCAAAGCUUAUGUCUCCAGUUUUCGGCCAGCAGAACUAAACUGCUUGAGGUCAUAAUUUGCUCGCGGGAGAUUGGUCUGUGUAUACAGCAGAUUUUAAGUUGCUUAUAUCAGAAAGAACCGUACAAGUGUCUAUCAAGUUUUGACCUUGUUGCUGGUCAUCAUCGUACGCAAGGUUAUCGGUUAUGCAGCUUUUACCGGAAACAAACGUGUUUAUUAUGGGUUUUAUCGUGUCAACUGCACGUCUUGCAGCAGCAUUUUUAUGAUUGCAGAUUAAAGUAUGUACUUGCGAUUUCGUGUGCAGCUUUGCAAAAUAAUAAAAUUGCUGGAAGUUAUGUGAAGUGCUCAGCGGUACUUGUGCGGUAGUGUUGUGUGCUUACCAUUUCUCAAAAAGCCGAUACCAUUACGAACAGUUUUAAAAUUAUAUCGUGUUCUUGUUAAACUACAGUAAUUAAUAAAUCAUCGUGUCACAGAAGGAGCAUAUUCCGCUUUGUGUCGGUCGAAAAUUUGUUGUGCAGUGUACGAAUUUGUUUAAUCUAAUUUAGUGAUAUUGCCGUGAAGUUACUAAAAAGUUACUAAAAAUGGCAUCAACGAAUAGUGAUGCAGGAUGGAACCUUGAUUCUUUUUUGGGAGCUUACGAUAUGAUCUGGGAUAAAUCCUCCAAUAUGAUCAACUUCUCGGAAGGGGUUGUUGGUAUGCAGUAUUCCUUGUCGUUUUUCUUUUGUACAGGGCUUCCGGCUUCAGUAAUAAAGGAAGGUGAACGGCAGAUUUACAAGAAAACAGGCGAACGAAAAUAUGAAAUGCACGUUUUACGGAAAGAUCCAAAAUAUAACAUCAUAGCCGAUUUCGAAUUGGGCAAAAAGACUGUCAAAAAUCUUCCCAAUAACCAGACCUUAAGUUAUACUCUGGAAAUGACCGGCGCCACGACCCUGAAAGGAACAUAUGAAUGGGAUUUUGGGGAUCAUAUGGCGGCGUUCGGCAUUGUCAACACGUUUAAACCAGACGGAAGCGGUUUUUUUAACGAUGUCACCGUAACAAAACCAAAGGAUCUGAGGGCACAUGCUCCCUUCUAUCGCAUCAAAGAGGAGAACAUUUCUGGCCCUAUUACACUUGGACCAUCAUAAUACACUUUGUUGCGUUUAUUUCUGCAUUUUGUUCACUGCAGUGCGUACGUUUUGGCUCAAUCCGGAUAAUCUGGUUAAAGCUCUCAAAAUAUAGAUAUUAAGUGUUCAUUAUUCAAAUUAUUAUUCACAUUAUUAAAUGAGCACACAGAUUCUGUCUAUCUGAAAACUGGUGGAAUUGACAAUAAAUAACAAUUUAACCUCAAAACCGAUAAUUAAA